AUGUCAAUUAUAACUGUUGAGAAUAAAUUUGAUGAUUCACUUGACUUUUGCAAAGUUGUUUUAGCAGCAGCAAUUUGUACAAAGAAUGGUAGACCUUUGUUAUCACGUCAAUUCUCAGAGAUGACAAAGAGCAGAAUCGAAGGAUUGCUCUCUGCAUUCCCAAAGUUGAUUGGUAAUGGCAAACAACAUACAUUCAUUGAGACAGAGAAUAUCAGAUAUGUCUACCAGCCAUUGGAACAACUCUAUUUGGUGUUGAUCACCAAUAAGAAUUCGAAUAUAUUAGAGGAUCUCGAGACAUUGCAUCUCCUGGCAAAGCUGGUGCCAGAGUACAGCUCAUUCGAUGAAGCCGAUGUCUCGCGUAAGGCAUUCGAUAUCAUCUUUACAUUCGACGAGGUCAUUGCCAUGGGAUACAAAGAGCGUGUCACCGUGCAACAGAUCAAGCACUUCAUCUCAAUGGAGUCACACGAGGAAGAGCGUGACAGAAUGGACAGAGAGUUGCGUGAGAGCGAAGCAAAGAAGAACGCCAACAAAAAGAUCAAGGAGAUCGAGAAACUCAGACAAGACGAUCUCGCUCGUGGUGGUUCCGGUCGUGUCGGUGGUGGUAUCGGUGGUGGAAUGGGUGGUGGCGGUGGAAUGGGUAGCGGUAGCAUGUCACCCUCAUACUCUAGCGAUCAACACUACAGUGGUGGAAGUGGUUACUCAUCUUCCAACCCAUCUCCACGUAUGGAUAAGAGAGAAUCAACUCCACCUACCAAAUCACAAGUACCAUCAAAGGAGGGUAUGAAAUUAUCGAAAUCUAUCAAGAAAUCAUCACUUGCACAGGUCUUGAAAGAAGAGAAAGUUGUAGAAAAAGAAGAGGAAUUAGAGGCUUUAUUAUCAUCAGAUAACACCGGUAGUUUAGCACCACCAACACCAGCUAUACCAACUGAGGCAGUACAUAUUGUUGUAGAGGAAACUGUUACAAUUGUUAUGGAAAAUGAUGGAACCAUCAAUACUUUAGAUAUUAAAGGUGUAUUGGAUGUAAAUGUUAACGAUCCAAAUCUAGGACGUGUUAAAGUAUCAGUUCAAAUGCCAAAUAAUUCCAACUUCCAAUGUAUUACUCAUCCAAAUAUAGAUAAACCAGCACUCACUAGCAGUUCAACUUUGAGAUUAAAGGAUGGACAAAAAGCAUUCCCAGCGGGUGGUGUCUUGAAGUGGAGAUAUAGAGUACCAGAGGAUUCGAUGAUUCCACUGAAAGUAAAUUGUUGGCCAUCGCCAAGCGGACAGUCUACCACUGUCAAUUUGGAGUAUGAAUCGGUUGUGCAAUUCCCAUUGAAGAAUAUCGUAAUCUCCAUACCGAAUCCAUCGAGUGCAGCACCAUCGGUCGACCAAUUCGACGGACUCUACGAGUACGACAGCAAAGCAAAGAACAUCCUCUGGAAGAUACCACACGUCGACAACUCCAAUCGUACCGGAUCGUUGGUAUUCACCGUAAAGGGUGCAACCAGCAACUUCUUCCCAGUACACGUCAACUUUGUUGGAAACAACAGUUUAUUCGUAACCGUCGCCGAAGUAAUACAAGAAGAAACCAACAAACCAACUAAAUUCUCAACUGAAACAACUUUAAUGGUUGAUUCCUAUGAAAUCAAUUAG